AUUCUAGCUAAAUCUCGCUGUUGCUGCAGUUUGAAUCACAGAGAAUGGCCUGCUAUGACCAAAGCUUGUUGAUCUUACUAUUUUUUGGGGCUCUAUUAAUAUUAGCUGUCGAGUCGACGAUUCUGACCUAUAGCAGUAGCAAUGGAGUUGGACUGGGAAAGUGCUCUUCGGAUCAAUUUGAAUGCUUUAACAGCUCGUGCAUCAAUGCCAGCAGCCAGUGUGAUGGUGUUAUCGACUGCUCUGAUGGAUUUGAUGAAAUUUUCUGCACAUUGACGACUGGGUGCAGACUUGCUGAAUACAGUUGUCCUGGUGAAGACGAGUGUCUGCCAUUAUACACUCUUUGUGAUGGUAUAGAAGACUGCAAUAAUGGGGAAGAUGAAAUCUGUGGUAUACAAACUGACUCUGUUCCGUGUGGCUAUAACCACUUCAUUUGUGACGAUGAGUGCAUGCCUUCUACUUAUCUCUGUGAUGGUUUGCAGCACUGUACGAAUGGUGAAGAUGAAAGUGAAUGUGGUCCUCCUACUGUGAUUAAUAUGCCGAAAAAUGAGUCAGCCACUAAAGGGGAUACCGUUACGCUUACGUGUACAAGUAGAGGCUACCCUCCUCCAUUCGUAUCGUGGCGAAGGAAUCUAGAACCUAUUCGAGCUAAUCCUCGGUACCACCUUGUUUCCAGUGGUGGAGUUGGAACACUUACCAUUGACAAUGUUCAAAGUGGAGAUGCUGGUGAUUAUAGGUGCGAGCUUCAGUCAAGACUGUACGGAACAACACUGUCUGAAGAAAUUGCCACUGUAACGGUUUUUGAUGAUCUACCAUACGUAUGUAGAGGUGAUAUAAAUGAAGUUUUUGAGCAAGGAGAGUACUUCUAUUCCACACGAUUCCUUGCCAGUGGUCCAGCAUCCGAAGCUGCAGCCGACAUAAUUUUUAUUGUUGAUGAAUCUGGUUCAAUGGUAAUGGAGCAUUCAUGGAUACAGAAAGAGGUAUAUCUCUUGGACCAGGCUCUCAGAGAGAGGGGGGUUGGUGCAGGCGUGAGACAAAAUAUGUUUUCUCUUGUUGGAUUUGGAAGAAACGACUUCAAUGCCAUUGGUGGUAUAACACUAUCGACACUAGCUCUUCCAAAUGAGUUUGUUGCUGCUGCUAGUAAUCUCCAACUUUCAGGUGCUUUGGAGGAUGGGUACGCUGGCAUUGAGCACGCUAUUUCCUCAGUUCAGACUCGUUCUGGAACAGCAAAGCAACUCAUACUAAUAACAGAUGAAGAUCGUAGCCUUUUGCGACCAGACUUGACCAAAAAUAUUAUUGAGACACAAAUUCGAGACUCCGGCUUUAUGCUCAAUGUUAUUCUAAACCAAGGAUAUCUUAGCGACCCACUUAAUGAUCACUCGUUCACUCUUGGUCUUGGAGCCAAUGGUACAGCGUAUCUGUUCAAUGAAAGCAGCCCCUCACUCUUCAGCUUAUUCGAAGGUGGAAUACCAAACAAUUCACCAUUUUUCAGCUUUGGAAACUCGUACGAGGACUAUGCCACUAUUGCACAUGCCACUGGGGGGGCAGCAUGGGACCUGAACCAGCUUAGAGAGCAAGGUCGUUUGGCUGAAGCUUUCACAAAUGCUUUUACAGCAGCUAAAGUGCAAGAGGUGAUGUCUGUUUUGAGAGAAUGCUUUCUCUGCAUUUGUGAAGUUCCAGAAGAGGAUUGCGUGUCCAAUAAUCGUAGCCUGGACCAGUGCUCCGGUGCAGCUGAAGUCAUCUCAGUUAAUGUGGUACCGGCCAUCACUCUUAGGACAGUUGGAAGUGAAGUAAACUUUGAAUGCGUUGUUUCCCCGAACGUUUCAAAUAUUUCUAUCUCCUGGAGCUAUCCCAAUGGUUCUCUAAUCAAUAUACAGAGCAACAUGUUGCUUGUGGCAGAGGUAACUGAGCUGUCUGAGGGACCCUAUGUUUGCACAGUAACUCUUGGAACUCUCACAUUUUCUGCAGAAGCAUCUCUCAGAGUUGACAGGCGCUGUAAAUUGGAUGACGGAACUUAUUUAGUACUUGGAAAAUCUCGUGAAGUGUUGUCAUCUCUCCGAACAAACAGGACUGCUGAUGUGAUACUGUUGGUAGAUGAAUCUGGAUCAAUGUCAAUGGAACAUGCUUGGAUUCCCAAUAUGAUAAAAGCUCUUGAUCACAGUCUGCAAAAUGUGGGUGUUGGAAUUAGUGCACGAAACUAUUUUGGUUUAGUAGGAUUUGGAGAUGAUUGCAUUAAUGAACUCAACAUAGCGAGGGUACUGACCUCCUCUUCUAAUGAAUUGUUUGUAACAGCAGACAACAUUUCGGAAUUCACAAUGAAUCUAUCGGUCGGAGGCAGACAAGAGGAUGGUUACAGUGCAUUGCAAGUUGCUAUUGACUCGUACCACUUUCGAGAUGGUGCCAGGCUAUUUAUUCUAAUUACUGAUGAGGAUAGAGAUGUCCUUAAUGCCAACAUUACACGAAGCAGUCUCCUAAGAGCAAUGCGAAAUGAAGGCAUUGUUCUAAACGCUGUUGUAAAUCAAGAAUUUUCUGGCAACGAAUACAGAGGACUAGGGAUUGACAGUAAAGCAAAUGUAUUUAUCUACGAUCCUUCAGCUCGGUCUCUCUUUAGAGUAAUUACUGGAGUAGGAUCACCAAUACCAGACAGUGCUCAUGGAAGCACCAACACUGAUUACACUGACCUUGCCUUGGAGCUCAGUGGAGCAGUUUGGGAUAUUGGGCAGUUGCGACAGGGUGGAAGUGUUGCUGAAGCAUUUACUAAUGCAUUUGUGUUAAACAAAGUAAUUGAGACUAGAGCACAGAUGGAAAAAUGUUUGAGGUGCAUGUGUACUGCAGGCGGGAUUAAAUGUGAGGCUCCAGCCACAAGGAACAUAACUUGCCAAAGUGUUGUUGCACCUGCUUUGCCUGGAGAGAGUCCGCUGCGCAUCCAAAUUGAACACGGUGCUACAAGUAUAUCUCCAGGUCUUGAACUCACUUUGUACUGUACAGUCAAUUGCUCUGCUACAAUUCACUGGACUUUCAAUGGGGCUGAUCUACCAGCUAAUGCUGCUGUAACUGAAAUCUCUGCUUUUAGCUCUGUACUCACAGUAGUGGAUGGACUAGAGGGAAAUGCUGGUGUGUACACUUGCCUGGCACAAACUCCUAGCGAGAGGUAUAGUGCUGUAACCAAUGUGAAAAUAGAGUUUUAUGAUCCCACGCAAGACUUGAUGCUCAAAUUGACACCUCUAGAAGCAAAAUUUCCCAGAGGCAGUAACAAUGACCUUAUUUGCUCUGCCGAGAACCCUGCUAUUAUUGAGUGGACUUUUAAUGAUGGCCCACUACCUUUGAAUACUUUUGUCAUGGACUCGGUGACAGUUUCUAUUCUGUCUAUAAUGGAAACAAAUAACCUAAACAGAGGGGCUUAUACCUGUACAGUGAACGAUACAGAUCGUGGAGUUAUUAACAGAGACACGUCUUAUGUUGACAUUGUUGACCCUGCUGUCAGGGUGGACAUUGAACAGGAUUUUUUUGAGGUUGCACUAAAUUCAUCUGUGGAAAUAGUUUGUAGGUAUUCCAGUGAUUUUCCCAGUGCAAUAUUCCAAUGGAGACGCGCCGAUAAUUUAAAGCUACCACAACAAGCUGAGGUUCUUCAGUCCUCAUCUGAUAUUAGACUGCUAAUACCAAACAUUUCUGACGAUGAUAGUGGAAGGUACGUUUGCACAGGGCAAGCUGGAGACGAGAUAACCCAAAGAUCUGCUUAUGUUACUAUCAAGGCACGGGAAGCUGAAUAUGAAGUGUUUCUCAGCCCUAUGGAAAAUAUUUUCGUCGGGGUUGGAUCCAAUCAAUCAGUCUUUUGUGAUGCAAACAGAUAUACAAGGAGUUUCAUAUGGUCAUUCAAUGGCUUACUAAUACAGAUACAAGGGGAGCCUUUGUUAGAAAGUGCUGCUGCACCCAAUGUUGUUGCAAUAUUGGUUUCAGAGAGGAGGUCAGCUAUAGUUAUUUUGGCUGCGAAUGUUGAAAACUCUGGUGAGUAUCAGUGUCAGGCCAUGUCCAUUGAUGGAAGCUCUGCAAGUGCAAGUACUGGUGUAACAGUAGCGUAACACUGUUGCUAUGAAUAUGGAUGGAUUAGACAUAACAAUUUUAAUGGACACAUGAUUUUAUUGAUGACAAAAAAUAAAUUACUUAUUAUCACAAAAAUC